UUUAACUAAACUAUGAUUUAAAUUAAAGAUACAUCCAGUUCCAUGAAAAAAAUGGACGUUUGCUUAUAAUUUUUCUCAGCUGGUGUCAACAGUCACCAGAUAUAUAACCACUUUAUAUAACAUUUUAGACGUAGCAUCUUAAUUGUACCUGUAAUUAUCGUGUUUUAUUUUGGUUUUAACACGAACUGUUUCCUGUCUCAUCUCAACUUUCCCUGUUUAACUUGAAGCAGCUAUACCUGUGCGCUCCGGUGCGCGCGGCAGCAGGAGCCACUCGUUGCGCACACCCCUCUGACUUUAAACUACAGCUGCUGAGAAGUUCCAGCUCCAGACCAGUUGAAUUAAAAACUGGCUCUGACAAAGUCCUUUGCUCCUGGAAAAGACAAAACUUGAAUUAGUUUCCGUCUGCGAAGUUACCUGGUGUGGAAACCUGCCAGGGUGUCUGCCAUUUUAACAAUUUACGCUCUUAUGCCAUCAUGAAUCCACGUGCUGUGCCACAGUAAGUUGUUCUUUACGCGAGAGGAGAACAGAGAUUGGAGCAAAGCAGGUGAAGAAGAACACAGGUGAGCAUCAAAUAUAUGUUUUACUGUCCUGUACACUUUCUUUCAACUUUGUUUAAAUGGGUAAUAAGUAGUUUAAAGUUGUCUCUUUGUAUUUGUGUGUAAGGGGAUGAAGAAGUGUUUAUUAAAUAGCCUCAAUGUGUUUGGGGAUAUUUUCAGGUUCACUGCAUCUUUGGAAACACGAUGGCUCCACACCCUGUCACCCAGGUCAUCAUUGACUUCACUGCGGGAGUAUUAGGUGGGACAGCAUGCGUGUUCAGCGGUCAAGCAUUUGACACCACCAAGGUGAAGAUGCAGACGUUCCCCGCCAUGUACCGCGGCUUCUUCCACUGCUUCAGCUCCACCUACAGACAGGUGGGGGUCCGGGGCCUCUACAAAGGCACGACCCCAGCCCUCAUUGCCAACAUCAGUGAGAACGGCGUGCUGUUCUUGAGUUACGGCCUCUGCCAGGACGCCAUCCGCUUCGUGUUUGGUAUCGACAAACGGAAGAAGCUCAGUGAUCUACAGAUGGCAGCUGCAGGGUCUUUAUCCUCCAUCUUCUCCUCCUUGGCACAGUGCCCCCCCGAGCUGGUCAAGUGUCGCCUGCAGGCCAUGCACGAAAUGGAGGCGUCUGGAAGGAUCGCAGGCGGACAGAAGAGCACCGUGUGGACGGUAAUGAAAACUGUCAUGAGGAACAACGGCCCCCUGGGUUUCUACCAGGGACUGAGUUCCACCUACGUCAGGGAGAUACCAGGUUACUUCUGUUUCUUCGGGGCGUAUGAACUCUGUCGCUCUACGUUUGCGCGACACAUGGGCACAGAGAAGGACGGAAUCGGAGUUCUUCCAAUCAUGUUCAGCGGUGGCUUUGCGGGAGCUUGUCUUUGGUUGGUGGUUUUUCCCAUCGACUGCGUGAAGUCCAGGAUCCAGGUGCACUCACUAGCUGGGAGGCAACAGGGCUUCAGGAAAACCUUCCUGGGUGUCGUACGCACCGAAGGGUUCCUGGCUCUGUACUCGGGCCUGACUCCCACCAUGAUACGCACCUUCCCUGCCAACGGAGCCCUCUUCCUGGCUUAUGAGUGGAGUCGCAGGUUUAUGAUGGAGACCGUGGGCGCCUGAUGUUUCGUCCUUUAUAGUAGUUUUUUAAAAGGACAUUAUCGUGUCUUUUUUAAUGAUGUAAAAUGAUGCAUGUAUUUGCGUUUUCAG